GAUUGUCAAUAAAAGGACACGGCGGAGGCGGAGGCAACCCCUGCAUCUUAUGGCACAGCUGCCCAGAAACCUGACUCCCAAGAACCUCCUUCCGCUCCUCAAAAAGGAGAAGAACCUUGGGUCAGCUCUCACCCUGUUCGACACCGCGAGUUCCCACCCUAACUAUACACACUCCCCUGCUGUCUUCGACCACAUCCUCCGUCGUCUCUCCCUCUCUGCUGACCCCAAAUUCAUCCCUAACAUCACCCGCAUCGUUGAACUCAUUCGACUCCAGCAAUGCCCUUGUUCCGAAGACACGGUGCUGGCUGUUUUGAAAAUAUAUUCGAGAAAUCUUAUGGUGGAGAGAGCAAUGGAAAUUUUCCAGAAAAUGAAGGAGGUUUUUGGAUGUGACCCCGGGGUGAGGUCUUAUAAUUGUCUAAUGAAUGCUUUUGUGGUUUCGAAUCAACUGAAUAAGGCUGAGGUUUUCUUUAGACAUUUUCGAACAAUGGGUGUGUCUCCGAAUUUAGAAACUUAUAAUAUUUUGAUCAAAAUUGCGUGUAAAAAGAUGGAUUUCGACAAGGCAAGAGCACUGGUGGAUGAUAUUUGGGCGACGGAUUUGGUCCCUGAUGUUUAUAGUUAUGGCACUUUGAUCAACGGGUUGGCGAAAAGUGGGGAUUUGGACGGGGCUGUGAAGGUGUUUGAUGAAAUGACUGAGAGAGGCCUGAGACCUGAUGUUACGUGUUAUAAUAUUUUAAUUGAUGGAUUUUUUAAGAAAGGGGAUUAUAAGGCGGCUAAUGCUAUUUGGGAUAGGUUGUCAAAGGAUUCAUGGGUUUAUCCAAGUGUUGUUACAUACAAUAUUUCGAUCAGUGGCUUGUGCAAGUGUGGGAGGUUUAGUGAGGGACUGCAAUUGUGGGAUAGGAUGAGUAAGAAUGAGCGGACAAUGGAUUUAUUCACAUACAGCUCUUUGAUUCAUGGGCUGUGUCAGGUAGGGGAUAUUGAUGGGGCCGAGAGGGUUUAUGAGGAGAUGGCUGAGAGGAAGGUCUCACCUGAUGCUGUUGUAUAUAAUGCAAUGCUGAAUGGGUUUUUUAGGGCAAGGAGAGUUAGAAAUUGUUUUGAGUUGUGGGAGGUGAUGGGAAGGGAGGGUGGUCGAACUGUUGCUAGUUUUAAUAUAAUGAUGAGAGGGCUGUUUGACAUUGGAGAGGUAGAUCAAGUUAUUGCUAUCUGGGAGGUUAUGAAGGAGAGUGGCUUUGUUGCUGAUUCCACUACUUACAGGAUCUUAAUCCGUGGAUUUUGUAAAAAUGGGUACAUUGACAAGAGUUUACAUGUGUUACAGACUGCUGAGGAGAAAGGUGGUCCUCUAGAUGCUUUUUCUUAUUCAGCAAUGAUCAAUGGGUUGUGUAAAGAAGCAAAAUUGGAUGAAGCAGUUUCUUCGCUGAACCGUAUGAUGAAAAGUGGCUGUAAGCCAAACACUCAUGUUUACAAUGCUUUAAUCAAUGGCUUUGUGGGUGCUUCUAAAUUUGAGGAUGCAAUUAGGGUUUUUCAUGGAAUGGAAAGUAUGAAUUGUUCCCCUAACAUGGUUACCUACAACACUCUUAUUAAUGGAUUAUGCAAGGGUGAGAGGUACAGUGAAGCCUGUGACUUGGUGAAGGAAAUGCUAGAGAAAGGAUGGAAGUCAGAUGUGAUCACUUAUAGCUUGCUAAUAAAAGGUCUCUGUCUAUGCCAUAAAGUAGAAAUGGGUCUUAAUUUGUGGAACCACGCGAUUGGCCAAGGUUUCAGACCUGAUGUACGGAUGCAUAAUAUUUUGAUCCAUGGUCUCUGUUCUGUUGGCAAAACUCGAGUAGCUUUGGAGCUAUAUCUGGACAUGAAUCACUGGGACUGUGGUCCUAAUAUUGUUACCCACAAUACCCUUAUGGAUGGAUUUUAUAAGGAGGGUGACUUAAAAAAUGCUUUGGUUAUUUGGGCUCGCAUAUUAAGAAAUGGGCUACAGCCAGAUGUUAUUUCCUAUAACAUUACUCUUAAAGGUCUUUGUUCUUGCAAUAGAAUAUCAGGUGCCAUUUUAUUCUUGCACGAUGCCUUGACAAAGAAAAUUGUUCCAACCAUAAUUACAUGGAACAUACUUGUUCGAGCUGUUGUUCACUCUGGGGUUCCAAAAUGAUCCUCUUGCCUGAGACAUUGGGAAGUUAAGUUGCUGAUGUCCUACCAAUUCAUAUUUGCUUUAUAUUGGGGCCUGGAUUUUCCUUUAUAUAAAUUCAUAUAUGUUGACGGAGAAACUGAUUUCUCUUGCAAUGCUGGCAUAUCAUUCUGUAGUUGUGGUUGGUAUCCUACAUGCUUUAUUCCAUUUCAACAUGCUGGUACAAUAGUGUUAUGUUAGUUGGCUAUUCCUUAAUCAAGAAAUUUUUUGUAGUUGUUAAAACUAACUCUAGAAAGUUUACUCAUUACAGAUGUGGUCUUGUUCAAUGAAGACCGCUUGAAUCCUUAUUGGUGUAUCAUAAAUCUGUAUCUUCAUGAAGUGUUCAUGUCCAACACCACUUGUUGCACUGAAUUGUUUCCUAACAUUUUUUUUUUCUCUGGCUCAUGUAUCUUGCAGCUUAAUGAAGUAAACAGACUGGUGAUUGGACAGUGGCUGGUGGUGUGGAACAGUGGAUGCUAGAGGAGGUAAUUAUAGCAGAUAGUACCAAGAGACAAGCAGAUUGCAGAAUUGGAUGUUCAAAGCACAGUCAUGAUUCUUAAUUUCAAGGCAAGACGAGUUGAGAGAGCAAACCAACCAGAAUAACCCCGAAAAUUGCAACCUUCCUCCAGUCAAAUGUCGAAGAGAUUGAGGCAUCAGCAAUUCCUAGAAGUACCAACGCAACCAGUACAAGG